GUCAAUACCCAUUUCCACUUCCUUCAGGAUUCUUCAUAAAUCACAGUCCUGUUACUCGUAUAGCAAUGAAUAUCACAUCCAGUUUGAAUCCGAUCGACAUAAGGAACAUAACCACCUGAGAAGAUGAUCCGUUUCUCACUGUACAAACUGGUUAUGUUGAUAUUUUUCAUCUUUGUGUUCUGCUACAUAGCCCGGUGGCAGAUUAUUUUACAUAAUGGCAACGAGACACACCUCCAAAGGUUUCUACACACAUGCAACGUCUCAGAAACGUACCGGAGCGAGCUGGAGCAUUUGUUUCAUAGAGUUCAUGAAAUCCUGGAACAUCAAGGCGUGACACACAUCCUCUGCUACGGAACGCUAUGGGGGCAGAUUAGGAUGGCCAAGAUGUUGCCCUGGCGCAAGAAAGCUGAAUUUUGCUUGUUCAACGAAGAGUUGAUGGCCCGUGAGGAGGCUCGCUUUCUCCGACACUUCUACAGCAAUAAUCUCAAAAUCUACUACAUCCACUCGGAAGGACUUUAUCGGAUUUUCUCGGAGAACCCAGACGAGGGUCCCUACGUGGAACUGGUAGUCUUUCAACGGGAUGAUGCGCAAAAAAUGUACAAGCGAGUGGGCUGGAAACGGCGCCUGAUGCCUCCGCACUGCGACUGGACGCCGUCCUUGGAUUGCUUUCCGAUACAUCUGCUGGAGGCUUCCCUACCGCGUAGGAAGCUCGGGCGUUUCUUCUACAGUGUGCCAAUGGGUGGAAUCGAGCUGCAGAAGUAUCAUUACACGCAAAACUGGUGGAAGGAUAUUCGGGUGUUCAACUGUUAGGAGUUGUGAUAGGGCGGAUUUGUGCUGUGCUACUAAAUAUAAUGAGAUACAUUUCAACAAAUUACACUAUAUUA